CUUGGUCCCCAACCCCUCCCAGCCCUGAUGCCAGAGCACAGUCCCUCCUACCUGUACUAAUCCAAGCGCAUCCAUCCUCGCAGCAUCACAUGCAGAUGAUUCCUGUGAUUGUGGAGGCUGGUGUUAAGUAGACCAAAAGUCCUGGGAUACGCCGGCCAUUCUCACACUGCCUAAACCUGUCUGCAUCCGCAUUUCCAAAUGCCUAAAAAUAGUAAAGUUACUCAGAGAGAGCACGGCAACCAGCAUGUUACAGAGUCAGUUGCUGACUUACUGGCCCACGAAGAACCUGUAGAUCAUAAGACAAGUGCUUUGAAUGUAUCAGGAGAAGACACCCGAGACAAGCAACUGGAAAAUAAUAUAGAACAAGAAGACAGGCCUGCUUGGAACAACAAAUUACAGUAUAUACUUGCCCAAAUAGGAUACUCAGUGGGACUGGGCAAUGUAUGGCGAUUCCCAUACCUCUGUCAAAAAAAUGGAGGAGGUGCCUAUAUGGUCCCCUACCUGAUUUUACUUAUUUUAAUUGGCAUCCCUCUCUUCUUCCUUGAAUUGGCUGUGGGUCAAAGAAUUCGCAGAGGCAGCAUUGGAGUGUGGAAUUAUAUUUGCCCUCGACUGGGAGGAAUAGGCUAUGCAAGCUGUGUUGUAUGCUUCUUUGUUGGCCUUUACUAUAAUGUUAUCAUCGGAUGGAGCAUAUUUUACUUUUUUCAGUCUUUUCAAUACCCUCUGCCUUGGAGUGAAUGUCCCACUGUAAAAAAUCAAACUGCAACAAGGGUGGAACCAGAAUGUGAUAAAAGCUCAGCCACAACAUAUUUCUGGUAUAGGGAAGCUCUAGAUAUCUCAGAUAAUAUUUCAGAAGGAGGCAAUCUUAACUGGAAAAUGACACUGUGUCUACUGUGUGCGUGGAGCAUUGUUGGAAUGGCCAUGAUCAAAGGCAUCCAAUCAUCUGGCAAAGUAAUGUACUUCAGCUCUCUCUUUCCAUACGUAGUCCUGAUUUGUUUUCUGGUCCGUGUGUUGUUGUUACGGGGGUCUGUUGAUGGCAUUCUUCACAUGUUGACCCCAAAGGUUGAGAAGAUGCUAGACCCUCAGGUUUGGAGAGAGGCAGCCACACAAGUGUUUUUUGCUCUUGGACUAGGAUUUGGUGGGGUCAUUGCAUUUUCCAGCUACAACAAGCAAGACAAUAACUGCCAAUUUGAUGCAGCUCUGGUCUCUUUUAUCAACUUCUUCACGUCCGUCUUGGCGACCCUUGUUGUGUUUGCUGUGCUUGGGUUCAAAGCCAAUGUGAUGAAUGAAAAAUGUGUGGUUCAUAAUGCAGAAAAAAUUCUUGGCUAUCUCAACUCUCACAUUUUAAGCUAUGAUCUUAUUCCAUCGCAUGUAAAUUUUUCUCACCUGACAACAGCUGACUAUGCGGAAAUGUAUCAAGUCAUCAAAACUGUUAAAGAAGAUAAUUUCCAAAACUUGCAUCUUGAAGCCUGCUUAUUAGAGGAUGAACUUAACAAGGCAGUGCAAGGAACAGGAUUGGCUUUUAUUGCAUUCACCGAAGCCAUGACCCAUUUUCCAGCUUCUCCCUUCUGGUCUGUUAUGUUUUUCUUCAUGUUGAUUAACCUUGGUCUAGGAAGCAUGAUUGGCACAAUGUCCGGUAUAAUAACACCCAUUGUAGACACAUUUAAAGUACGAAAAGAAGUUUUGACAGUCAGCUGUUGCAUCCUUGCCUUCCUGCUGGGCUUGAUCUUUGUUCAGCGUUCGGGAAAUUAUUUCGUCAACAUGUUUGAUGAUUACUCUGCCACACUACCACUCACCAUUGUCGUCAUCCUGGAAAACAUUGCAGUAGCUUGGGUUUAUGGCACAAAGAAGUUUAUGCAGGAACUCACAGAUAUGCUAGGAUUCCGCCCCUAUGCCUACUACUUUUAUACAUGGAAAUAUAUUUCACCUAUCUUCAUGGCUCUUCUGCUGACUGCUAGUGUUAUCCAACUUGGGAUCAGUCCUCCAGGUUACAGUGCAUGGAUUAGGGAACUGGCCACAGAGCAGUAUUUGUUAUAUCCACCCUGGGCACUUUCACUACUCAUUUGCCUUAUAAUUCUAGCCCUGCUUCCAUUCCCUAUUAUCUUCCUUCUGUGGCAAUUUCAACUGAUACCAGAUGGCUCAAAUAGACUAUCUGUUUCCUACAAAAAAGGUCGCAUGAUGAAAGAUAUUUCCAACUUGGAGGAUAAUGAUGAAACCCGCUUUAUUUUAAGUAAAGUGCCCAGUGAGACCCCAUCCCCAAUGCCUACUCAUCGCACAUACCUGGGCCCUGAAAACGCCUCUCCUUUGGAUUUAGGAGGAGCAGCUAAUGGACGCUACGGAAGUGGCUACAUCCUUGCAACAACCCCUGAGUCGGAACUGUGAUUUUUCCCUAUUGUCAUCUCACAACAUUGUCAAUUGCAAUUUAGAUUAUUUAUUUGUAAAAAUUAAGCUUCAUGAAAACAUUUUCAUGAAAAGUCUGAUUAUAAAUCUAAAAUAAUUGUUUCCAUAAUGUUAGGAUUUUGUUUCUGACAACAAACCCAUUGUUCUGGACAAUGAGUGCUUUCCUGAGCUCUACAGAAAUGGCAGCCUGUGCUGAGUCAAUUUGUAGAAUUCUGAAUACUUGUGGACUU